AUGCGCCUCUGGGGCUGCAUACCACUCACUCUCCUAGCUCUCGUAGCUCUUUCUACAGCUACCCAAGUUGCAUGGAAUUCAGAUGCAACCAUUCAGAGUCAGACAUUGGUCGACAUUCUCAAUAAUGACGAGGACUAUACGUCACUCCUUUCUCUCCUGCAGAAAGCUAAACUCAUCCCAACGUUGAACAAGUUGAAUGGCAGCACCCUUUUCGCACCAACUAACGACGCGAUUAAUCGUCAUGAUCUUUGGAGGUCAGCCCUCGAGUAUCCUAACUUGCUCAAAGACAAUCUGCAAGAGGAGCUACGUCAGCAACUGUUCUACCAUCUCCUUAAUUACUCCGUAACUGAAGACCCAAAGGACUCGACUACACUGCAAGUUCUCGACACACUCCAUUUCCCAAAAUCUUCCCUGGAUCCUCCUAACAAGCCACCCCCAUGGAUACCAAUACCCGAGAGCACUUUAGGCAACCAAUCCCAGAAGUUACGCAUCACUUCAAGAGAUGGCGUAGCCUGGGUCGGUGUCGACGCUUUUGGCAAAGGGGGUAUUGAAGUAACGAAACAGAAAGCGGAGGCGACAAAUGGUGUCGUGUAUGGAAUUGCAAACGUCCUUGAUGUUCCACCCCAUCUUGGUCGCGUCCUGUCUCGUGAACCGUCGUUGUCAUAUUUCAAGAAGGUCAUCACACCUAGCAUAUUCGAUGUCAUCAACUCUACCUCUGAGCUUACGUUGUUUAUUCCCGUCGAUUCUGCAUGGGAAGCACUCGAUCCAAUUGAGCGUUUAUACCUCGAAAGCCAAUUUGCUGCGGAUGAUCUCUUGCGCAUACUUAACAUGCAUGCUGUUGUUGAGGACAGUGUCAGAUGGUCGAACACUUUCGAAUCAACCACCACCUUGACUACUCAAUACGGAUCUCAGUUGGAAGUCGUCGUCUCUGAAGGGAAGACUACAGUAUCAGGCGCCACCCUUUCGCAGCCGGAUAUUUAUGCGGGUAACGGAGUCUUACACCUCGUAUCCUCUCUACUGGUUCCACCAGGAGCCCUCCAGCUGACCCCCGAGAAAUAUCUUCUCGCGCUCAACUGCUCUUCAUUUAUCUCUCUCAUACACUCAGUCAAUCUUACCCAUCUCAUAAAUGAUACCGAGACUCAAUACACCAUCCUAGCACCGAAGGACGACGUUUUAUCCCUUUUCAAGAAUGACGGCUUACCCGAAAAGGGGAGCGAUGAGCUGAAGAGGAUGUUGCAGUACCACUUUCUCCCUGGGAAAUGGACGCCCAAGAAGUUAGUGGAUGGCAUGCUACUAGAAAGCGUACUUCGGGAGCCAGGGCUUGAUUACGGGAGACAAGUCAUGCAUGUCGAGGUCAACGACGGUGAGAAGCAGGAUGUUCCAUCCAGACAUGUCAGGUUUGGCGGAGCUGGCAUUAUUGGACAGCACAUUGUUAUGAGCAAUACUGUUGUCUACUUCAUCUCAUCACCUCUGGAACCACCCGUGGACCCACUUCAAACAGCUCUACCCUCUCUUGAGUUGUCUUCGUUUCUUGCCGCAGUUUUCUCUACGUCCAUCGCAGAAGUCAUCAAGAAGACACCCCGUGCAACAUUCCUCAUCCCUCACAAUGCUGCUUUCAAGCGGCUUGGUAAGCUGGUCAGCGACCAUCUGCUAGCUGCUUCAUCCAAGACGGACCUGGAGCACGUCAUAAUGCACCAUGUCAUAGACGGUAUUGAAUACUCGCAGAGCCUCGUGAACGGCUCUGUGCGCACUUUCGCCACCCUUGAAGGAUCCGACUUACAACUGGAGCGCUUACCAAAUUCAUCCGUCAUCGUCAGCCCCAGCGGUGGCUGGGCUGGCAUGAAGAGCGCGUUAUAUCCGACAAACAUGCUUACUGAAACUGGUGUGAUACACGAGCUGUCAGAUCUUAUGAUCCCGCGAUCCGUGGAGUUAAAUGUAGGAAAGCUUAUGAAAGCGGCCAAGGCCACCACUAUGAUCAACAUGGUCACGAAAGCUGGAUUUGAUUGGAUCCUAAACGGAACCGCUCCUCCUGAAGGUUCAAAGUGGGCAGAACAAGGUUUAGGUGGGGCGAGUUGGACUCUACUUUGUCCAACGGAUGAUGCAUUCAAGACCUACAACCUUACACGGCUCCUCGAGAAUAUCGACGUCCUUCGUGCGCUCGUCAGCCAACACCUUAUUCGCACGCCAUCAUCUGCAGGAGAACCUGGUUCAUUUGACAUCUUUGACGUCUUGAAUAACAACCGUCCCCUUCCCCUGGAAGAUUUGGGCGAAUAUCCCACUCUCCUUUCGCCUUCUUCGGCGUAUGGCGAUGUUGUCUUCCGCGCGCUCGACGGCAAAGUAUCCCAGUACAUGGUUGGGAUAAAGAACGCAAGGGGGACAGACAAACAAGCUGACUGGGCACGCGUCCUGACGUGGGGCCGAGCAACGACAGGCGGGGGCACGGGCGGCGUUAUCACCAUCGACCGCAUGCUCUUCCCGUAUCAUCCGCGAUGGUGGAUCGAAUAUUUCCCGCCGCUUUUCGUAGGGAACACUUGCGAAGCACCAGCAGCCGAGGAGACCAAGAACUCGGCAAUUGACAACGUAAAAUCGUUCAUUGCAGGAGGUUUUGGAGGAGUUUCCGCUGUCCUCGUGGGGCAUCCUUUUGACCUGACCAAGACGCGGUUACAGACCGCGGCUCCAGGCGCAUAUACUGGUGCAAUUGAUGUUGUCAGGAAAACGUUAGCUCGAGAUGGUGUUACUGGCUUGUACCGUGGAAUGGUACCUCCACUCUUGGGAGUCACUCCGAUCUUUGCAGUCUCUUUCUGGGCGUACGAUGCAUCCAAGAAUUUGAUACUCGCACUCACACCCAAGCGUACAUCCGAAAACCUUUCCACAGCAGAACUUGCCGCUGCCGGUUUCUUAUCUGCCGUACCGACGACACUCAUUACUGCACCUGUUGAGAGAGCGAAGGUUCUGCUACAGGUUCAAGGUCAAGGAGGUUCAGGGCCCCAGUACAAAGGUGUCUUUGAUGUUAUGAAGCACCUUUACAGGGAAGGUGGUAUGCGGAGUAUCUUUAGAGGCACUGGUGCAACUAUUGCUCGUGACGGACCAGGUAGUGCUGUUUAUUUUGCAGCGUAUGAAGUUACCAAGAAGGCCCUGAUGCCGGCUGGGUCGUCAGCAGGAGACCUCAACCUAGGCGCCAUCAUGUUUGCAGGCGGAACUGCAGGUGUCGCAAUGUGGUCAAUAGCUAUACCCCCAGAUGUUUUAAAGUCUCGCAUACAAUCUGCACCUUCUGGCACAUAUUCUGGACUUUUUGAUUGCUUUAGGAAGACUGUAGCGCGUGAUGGAAUCACUGCACUAUGGAAAGGUCUGGGUCCGGCGAUGGCCAGAGCUUUUCCAGCCAAUGCUGCCACAUUCCUUGGUGUUGAAGCCUCGCGGAAGUUAAUGGAUGGUUUCUUCUGA